UAUUGGAUUUUUGAAAAUCCAAUGCCCAAAACAAACCCAACCUGAAUGUAUACCGGCGGUAACGAGAUACGAUGGAUGCUCCGGUUCGUCUGUAGGUGUGAGUUCCCGCCAAAGGUUUGGUGUACAGUACAGGUGUAAGUCCAAUUUCGAAUCUAAACUAAAAGAAACGUAACCAAGGUGCUCGUUCGUGAAAUACAUUGCUGUCCUGAAAAACCAUUGACGGGACUGAGAGUCAUCGACACGGACGAGGAAGAGGGAGAAGAGGAGGAAUGGAGUUUACGCUGAAUGGGAAUUCCCUCAAGACUUUUGCACGCUCCAUCACCUGCCUCGCCCGCAUUGGUAACGAGCUGGUUUUUCAGGCGUCUCCUGCUCAGCUUUGCCUCCAUACUCUUAAUUCAUCAAAGUCAGCCUACCAAUCCACAACCUUCAAGCCGGAAUUCUUUGAUGUAUAUUCGGUAUCCGGUUCCCGGGUUCAGUGCAGUGUACUUUUGAAGGACAUGUGUGCUGUGCUGAGAACCUCAGUCACUCGCAUAGAUAAUUUAAGUUUCCUGUUUGCUAAUUCCGAUGCAUCGAAGGUGCAAUGGACAUUGGAUUGUCUUAAUGGUCUGAGAAAAACAUAUUGGAUUACUUGCAUCGCUGAACAUAAUAUACAUCAUCUAUCACUCGAUCGGCAGAAACUUCCCAGCAAUUUUGUUGUUAGACCUCAAACUCUCAACAAAUUACUUGGGAAUUUUCAGUCAACCCUUCAAGAGAUUACGGUCAUUGCAACCCAACCAUCUGCCCUGCCACCAGAUGCUGCUGAUCAGAUCGGGGGAAAAGCGGUUGAAUUCAGAAGCUAUAUAGAUCCGACCAAAGAGAAUGAUGCAUCACUACAAACUCAGCUAUGGAUAGAUCCUGCUGAAGAGUUUGUGCAAUAUACUCACACUGGUGAUCCCAUAGACGUAACCUUUGGAGUAAAGGAGCUGAAGGCAUUUCUUUCAUUCUGCGAGGGAUGUGAGGUCGAUAUAGGUUUAUACUUUGAUAAAGCCGGAGAGCCUAUCCUAAUGGCGCCGAAGUUUGGGUCAGAUGAUGUCUCCUUCUCAAACUUUGAUGCUACCCUUGUGCUCGCCACCAUGCUUGCAUCGCAACUCAGUGGCCAACCUUCUGGUGUAGCUGCUGAAGGGGCUCUGCCACAGCGGAGGGCUAAAGGAAACACAUCGGAGCAUCCCUCCGAUCACACUAGAAUUUGGUCUGAUCUCCCAGAAAGCGCAGCAAGAGAUGGCAGCAGUACCGAGCAGAGGGCAACAGCAGAGAGGUUCGAUGCAACGGACAUUUCUGCAGAUAACAACAACGCAGGCUGCCGCCAUGAGUAUCCUAUUCAAGAUGCCACCUGCCAGGGCCCGUCGCAAAGGCAUCCCAGCAAUUGGGUGAGCGUGGAGGAUGAGAAUGACAACGAGGAGGAUGACGAUGAAGAUGAUACAGAGAUGUGUGUGCAGUCAACUCCUCCAUAAAUAUAUAGGACUUAUUAUACUCUCCUAAUUUGCAAGUGAAGUGGUGCUGUAAACAGACAGGCACACUGCUGGCAGCCAAUGCUAUUGCCAUUGCAUUCCAUCAACUGCUGAUAUCUAUCGUAUACUUCAUCCCACUCACUUCAAUAUAUUAUUACUGCAUAGUAGAUAAAAGAAUAAUAUCAUUGAUCUUCUUGGUGAAUGUAAAUAUGUGAAAAGUUUUGACAAAUUUGCUGUUUCCAAGACUACUAAAUCUGCUACGCAAUAGAUAAGAUCAGACAGUCCUGUACUGUGCAGUUGGGCAAUAGGCCAUUCAUUUUGCAGAAUUACAAUAUUAUUAGAUAGGUAUGUUUAUUCAGUUCAUAUUUCGACAGUCUGUCAAUCCGUGUAUAGUAGUAAUUUAUUUAUUUUAUUAGUGGGUGGGUUGUCAAUUGAAAUCAAGAAGCAAUAUACAGAGAUGGAAAAAGCCAAGCCAAGCAGCUGUAUUUUUCAUUUGAAGUGAAGGGAAACAUUCAUACAUAGAUAGAUAGAUAGUUCCAUGGCUUAACCUUGGGCCAUUUCAUA